CUCCACCAUGAAAUUCCCUUCACUCACCACCACCAUCAUCUCUGCCGCAGUGAUGGCUGGCGUAGCCAUCGCAUCUGAAGAUCUGAACAUAACACCCUUGGGCCUGCCCUGCCGAGGAACCGUGGGAUGCUCAACCCUCAACGGUUUCAAUCACGGCAACGGGUUCGGGUUUUACUGCUCCAAUCACAGAAUCUGGAAGUAUACGCCAUGCCAGAUCGGACAAAGAUGCCAUGUUACCAGUCCGACUACGGUCGCGUGUUCAUGAGCGCUGAGCCUUGAAGCUUGAGCCUCGGUCAAUUCGAGUCUAUAGUGCUGCCUGAGCCUGAUGCAUGGAACCACGAGCAUAAUACGUACAGGAGCCUGAGGGCGUACGGGAGUGUGGCGUGAAGCUCUAGAGUUUGAGUUUGUUGAAUCCGGUCAUGAUGAUGAGAAUAGGAUUGAAAUUAUGUAACGAAAAUUGUGUGGUUGAGAUGUGCUGAAGUUGGACCCGUUGUCGAUGGGUUGGACAUGCAUGUCCUGCAUGGAGUGUAGCCUGGAUUGUUGUGCGUUGUAUAUAUAUAUCGCCAUGAUGCC